AUGGCUAUCACUGCACUUCCCCAAGCAACUAUCCAUCUCCUGGGCUCGGCCCAGGCACUUACCACCCCAACAUCACUUGUCAAAGAACUCGUCGAUAACGCUCUUGAUGCCAAAGCUACAUACAUUGACAUUCUUAUUUCUCCAAACACGAUUGAUAAGAUCGAGGUUCGGGACAACGGCCAUGGCAUCCCCGAGGAGGACUUCGAUGCCCUCGGAAGACGUGGACACACCAGCAAAUUGAGGUCGUUUGACGAGCUCAAAUCUAUCGGAGGUGUCACCCUGGGAUUUCGAGGAGAGGCUCUAGCGAGUGCAGUACAACUGGGCCAGGUGUCAGUAACAACCAGGACCGAUGGACAUCCAGUGGCCACCAUGGUACAGCUGAAGGCUCCCGGCGGAGUCGCUAGUCAAUCAAGGGCAUCGCAUCCUGUUGGGACUACAGUCUCUGUCUCCAAGUUCUUGUACAAGCUUCCUGUCAGAAAACAGACGGCCGAGAAAGAAGCGGCUAAGACCUUGAAGAAACUCAAGGAUCUUCUAUACUCUUACGCUCUGGCUCGACCCAAGGUUCGACUCAGUCUCAAGGUUAUCAAGGGAGGAAAAGGCUCCUGGUCUUUCACUCCCCGCCCUAAUGACGGAAUGAAGGAAGCCGCAGCCCAGAUCAUUGGGAGAGAGGCCGCAGCUCAGUGCAUCAAGAGGUCAUUGGCCUUUUCGGAGCAGAGCUGUCAAGACGAUAGUUCCAAGCAUAGCGAUGUGCCAGGGGCAGGGGCAGGUCAAAAUAGCAGCCUUUCUGAUGUCUCUGGCCAGUUUUUCGUCGAGAUAUUGGUUCCAAAGCCAGACGCAACAUCAGCUGGACAUGGCCAAUACACAUCGGUAGACUCCCGACCAGUGGCGCAUGACAAGGGGACCAUGAGGAAGAUUGUCAGUACAUUCAAGUACUAUGUCAAGAACUCUCCCUUAGGAGGCGAGGAACAGCUGAAAGACCCUUUCCUUUGGCUCAAUAUCAAGUGCCCGGUCUCAAGUUACGAUGCGAACGUGGAACCUGCGAAGGACGAUAUCCUGUUUGGGAAUGAAUAUCUUGUGGUGGGAUCUAUCGAACAACUAUUCAAGGAAGUCUAUGGAGAGCCUGUUACUAACACCUCUCCUGCUGCUAUUCCAGACAGUGUGGCCAAAAAGCUUGACAACUUUGAGCUUCUCAUGUCUCGCAAGACGACUGUCCCGUCAUCUGUGUCGGCUGUUGCUGGAGAUACUGAACCCACCGGGCUCUUAAAUGUAGUAAAACUUGUCACAGGUACAGGUACAGGAUCAUUUACGGGGGCUAGGGGUGAUGAGCUCAGAGAUACUGGGGACGAUUACAACGAGGAUAUCCAGGGUUUCCGGAGUCCCAGUAGCCAGUUCCGAAAUUCGGCCCUAAAUCACCACACCAAUCCCGCCGUGGGUGUCGAUGAGCUGCUAAACCCCUGGAUUAUCGCCAAGUUGAACGCGCCCGUUCCACCCAGAGGUGACUCUAAUCUCCCAGCGUCAACUAGCAGCUCGAGCGAUUCUCCAGGAUUUAUGCAGAAUCAUCUUCCUACGCCACAGCAAUCUUCUGAUCCCAUCAAUGCUGUGUCAGACUUGCUCGAUCCAACAAGCCCAGCUCGGCAUCGUCAAGUGUCCCAUACUGACCAUCUCGGUGCACCGGCUCCAAAUUUCGUUACUCCUCUAUCUCACCAGUCUAGGAGACAGUCUGACAAUCAGCUUGGUGUAUCAAUGACCAAUAGAAUUUCACUGAUAGCUGACUCCGACGAUGCGCUUUUACUUGGAGACGAUUCUGAAGUAUUCAGACGCCGAAACGACUUCAAUAGCGCUAGAAGUCUCUUGAACGGCUCUAUGCCAACUUUCUCAGCUAACAGUGGUUCCAAGAGAGCUAGAGGCAUCAACAAGCCGUUCGUACAACCGAUGAGAACAAGCGAGGGUACUUCGCCACAGGAUAGCCUUCAGCAAAUGAAGCUGACGACGCCAAUUGACCAAAAUCUGGCACAGGACGCCAGCCACCAGGGGGGGCGGCUUCAGGAUCUUGCCUGGACGAUGGAUUAUGAAUAUAGGAAGGAAGAUGCCAGUCGUAAACGCCGGAUGGAAGUUCGAGCUGCUCGUGUGGAGGCCAAAGCGGAUGCGAACAAACGUCGCCGCACAGAAGAUGAAGACUCACCCAUGCAGACGAACGAUCUUCGUAGUUCAGCAAAGCAAUCGCCACACAAAAAUCGGUAUGGUGCUGCAAUUUCUAACCUUGAGAUCAACCAACAAGAGCCAGCUAGCAACGUGAUUACCAAGCAACCUUUCAAAACAUCGAUACCUGAGGGCGACCCCAGAGCAUAUCUUAUGAGGCGGCAGAAGUCCAUGCAAUCAUCCGCAAAGCGACCAGGCGAGAUUUCGAGGCCAAUGCGGGCAAGGUCUACCCGACUUCCACUGGAGAGAAUCCCAGAUGAUGAACAGGUACACACGUUGAUGCUGAAGUACACGAUUGACAUGGGUUUUGUUCAGAACGCUCUUCUGAAACUUUCUGGUUCGGAUACGUACGUGAGUCAAGGGAUACAGUCUGCUGGCCUUGUGAUGAACGCUGCCGAAGCGAAGCUGGUACAGAAGAUGGUCCAGGCAGCCGUGGAGAAGUGGAGAGAAACCGAGGCGGGAAAGCAAUAUGAUGUGGAAUAUAAGUGCGACAAUCUGACCGUUAUUAAUUAG